AUGUUGGACUUUUACGCGUUGUUUGGACUAAAAGAGAACGCAUCUCCCACGGAUAUCAAACAAGGGUAUCAUCAGUUCCUCCUCAAAGUCCAUCCGGAUAAAAAUCAGGACCAAUCGGAUUCGGAAAUCAUCAAUCUUGCUCAACAAGCCUAUAAGACCCUAAAGUAAGGUGAUUUUUUAUUGAAACAUGUGCCUUGGAAUUUAGGAACCCCUCGACCAGAAAAGGUUACGACAUUUGGCUGCGUGAGCAGCGACUUCGCGAAGAAAGGGAGUUGAUUUCGGAAGAGAUUCAUCUUGAACCGGAAGAGAAAACCCUGGAAACGGAUUGUCGCUGCGGCGCCUUGUUUGAAAUCCACGCGGAAGAUCUUGCCAACGUGGUGGACUACGCUCUCUUCGAGUGCUCCAACUGCUCCUUGUGCUUUAAAGUGAGUACUAGUACCGAAGACAUACAGCAUGGAUGAAUGGUAGGGAUGUGUAAUAUAAAAAGGUGAUGCUAUUAGUGGAAUAACAUGUGUUGUGUCCUAGCAGGUGUAACAAAAAUCUGUGUGGAUUGAAAAUGAUUAUGUUGGACUUUUCAGGUCUACCGAAAUGAACCAGAACAGCAAUAAAGUCCUUCUACUUGGUGACACUGGUGUCGGAAAGUCAACUUUGGUGGAUACGUUGUGUGGAAAGCCGGAUUCUCGACCGGAAAGCACUGUGGGAGUCUCGAUCAAGGUAAGGGAGACGUUUUUUUGUGGAAUUUUCGGGUUUUAGGUCCUUGCUCAUCAAUUUGCAGCCGGAACACCUCAGGAAUCAACGGAGAUCAUUGAAUUGUGGGAUGUGGGAGGAGCCAACAUCCAUCGGCAGACCGCCGCCAGAGUCUUCUCGGAUAAUGUGUGUGGAAUCAUCUACGUUCACGACUUGACCAACUCCAGAUCCGAGCAGAACUUGGCCCAAUGGGCCGCGCUUUUGGAGGAGUACCCCGGACCGAAUGGCAGCCAAAGAUUCGGAGAGUUCAAUAGGCUAGGAGAUGUGGAAAAGGUAGUAAAUUAAUAUUGAGGUUUUUUGUAUUAUUGUAUUUGCAGAUUGGAUACCUCCCAACACUUGUGGUUGGCUCCUACCUUGAUCUAGCCCCUCAAAGAGCUCGCGAACCAAACCGCCAACGUAUCCGGUUCCUCCGCCAAUACGAAGAGAUUCAAUUGGAUUGUCGGAAGGAAAUCGCCGCUGGAUCGACUAACAAAUUAUUGGUUUCGAGGUUCUUUGACGCGGUUUGUGUAGUCAAAUCAAGACAUUCGGAGAUCAUUAAUCAACGGAGAAGACGGUUAUAA